AUGUUGUAUUCAUCUUGUGCUGUUUUGUUUGCUACCGCCGUCCAUGCCAUUACCGUCUCCGUCUCGGGCACUGGGGGCGUUACCUCGUCGCCUUUGCUAUAUGGAUUGAUGUUUGAAGAUAUAAAUAAUUCUGGCGAUGGAGGGCUCUACGCCGAGUUGAUUAAGAAUCGUGGAUUUCAGGGCGAUUCCUUGACAGCUGCUUCACUAUCGCCGUGGACUGCAGUCGGAGGUGCAACCCUGACCCUCCAAAGCACAUCUCCCCUGUCCAGCGCUCUUCCCCAGUCUGUCAAUGUGAAAGGCAAAGCAAAUACUGCAAUUGGUAUAUCUAAUCCCGGAUACUGGGGAAUUGAGGUGAAGCCUCAAACAUACACUGGAAGCUUUUACGUCAUGGGCUCUUAUUCCGGCCUUUUCACAGCAAACCUUCAAGCAGCAUCUGGGGGAAAGGUAUAUGCACAAGCCAACAUCACCUCGGAGUCAAAGAAAGGUUCAUGGACAAAGCAUACUUUCACUCUCAAGCCCCCCUCAGCAGCACCCGAUACCAACAACGUAUUUAGCUUGAGUUUUACCCCAACCAGCUCCUCACAGACUCUGAAUUUCAACCUUAUUAGUCUAUUCCCUCCCACAUACAACAACAGACCAAACGGUAUGAGACCAGAUCUAAUGAACGCUCUCAAGGACCUGAAUCCCAGCUUCCUGAGACUUCCCGGCGGAAACAACCUAGAAGGUGGCUCCUCCGGAAAUGAAUGGAAGUGGGAGAAAACACUCGGCGAUCUCACUGAAAGGCCUGGCAGAACGGGAGAUUGGGGAUACUAUAAUACCGAUGGUAUUGGCAUUAUUGAGUAUUUACUGUGGUGUCAAGACUUAGACGUAGAGCCAGUCCUCGGUGUCUUUGCUGGCAUGAAUUUGAAUGGGGAUCUAGUACCCGAGUCAUCUCUACAAACUUAUGUGCAAGAUUCGCUCAAUGAGCUCGAAUUUCUCAUGGGAAGUGCUUCUACCACUUAUGGCAAGAAACGGAUUGCGUUGGGAUAUCCAGAACCUUUCCCAAUCAAAUAUGUCGAGGUCGGCAACGAAGAUAAUUUGAACAAUGGGCUCGCGUCUUAUAACUCAUACCGCUUCGCCAUGUUCCACAACGCCAUCAUUGAGAAGUAUCCAGACAUGAAAAUUAUUGCUUCCACUACCGAGUGGAAACCCCAGAUUGGAAAUUCUAUUGGGGAUGCCCACGAGUAUAAUACGCCGGAUAUCUUUGCCAGCGAAUUCCACAAAUUUGACAAGGUGACCAAAGAACACAUGACGCUGGUAGGCGAAUACGCCGCUGUGCAGGCCAAUCUACGGACUAAUACGAGCACUGAUUGGGAUGCGCCAUUUGUGGAUCAUCCGUGGUGGAUUGGAGCUGUUUCUGAAGCAAUUUAUGAACUUGGUGCCGAGCGCAACAGCGACAGGGUCAUCGGAUUGAGCUAUGCUCCUCUGCUACAAAAUAUGGAUAGUCAUCAGUGGCAUCCUGAUCUUAUUUCCUUCAAUGCUGACACUUCCAAAACAACGCUAUCUACCAGCUAUGAACGGAUCAAGCUCUUCUCGAACAAUCGCUUCACAGCCGUUCUGCCCAUGACUUCCUCGGCUGCAUUUGGCCCCGCAUAUUACGUCGCUGGAAUCAAUGACGAUACCGACAUGUAUAUCUUCAAGGCCGCAGUGUACAAUACAACCUCGGAGGUUCCAUUCACGCUGAGCUUUCCUGGAACGACAGAAGGUAGGACGGCUCGGUUGACGCUGCUUACGGCUCCCGGUGGCGCUUACGCAAUGAAUACUUUUGGUGGACCCAAUGCUGUCGAUACCAAUGUGUCGACGAUUACUGCUUCUGGCUCCGGGUUUUCGUUCUCGUUGCCACAAUGGAGUAUUGCUGUUUUGACUACAGGAAGAAGAUAA